GCACAUGUUUAGCUAUUAAGUGGAUGCAGACAAUAAAGACGUUGCCAAAUUGUCAAACAAGACUGGGGAAUUACAGCAAAUGUUGCUAGUUAUUGAUUAUGGUGACCGCUCGGUUCCGAUUGAGCCACCCAAAAGAAUCAUUCAUUUUCUAGCAGAGAGCCUGCUCAUUUGCAAGAUAAAAGAGAGACAUUUCUGCACAUGCCCAUAAUGUUCUUCACCACUGGGGGCAGCUUUACAUAAGACUGCAUUCACUGAAACCAAAGCAACAGUCCGAGCAGCUUUCAGAAUGACAGUCUGCAGAAGUGAGCUGAGCGUGUGCGCGGUACGGGGCUCUCCUGCCUUCUGGGUUCCAACGCAGCUCUGUGGCUGAACUGAACUGGGUGCUCGUCACCAGAAAUGCCGGGCUAUGGAAUACAGAUGUGGCAGCUCAGGUAGCCUCACAUUGCCUGGAGGAAUAUAUCAUGUUCUCUGUUAAGAAGAAAUUGUAGAAGCCAGUUUUUUGUUUUUUUUUUUAACCCCCCCCCAAAAAAAACCUGUAAAGAUGCAAAAACGUAAUAUCCAUGAAGAUCCUAUUACCUAGGAAGAUUUUGAGGUUUUGCUGCGAAUGCGGUGUUGGGAUUUAUUUGUUCUUGGAGUGUUCUGCGUGGCUGGCAAAGAAUAAUGUUCCAAAAUCGGUCCAUCUCCCAAGGGGUCCAAUUUUUCUUCCUGGGUGUCAGCAAGCCCUGACUCACUACAGUGCAGCUGACAGGGGCUGUCAUGCAAGUGGCCCCUUAAGCCAAAGCAAAAGACCUAAGGACGACCUUUGAACAAUACAAAGGAUGGGUUUCAAUGUAAUUAGGCUACUGAGCGGAUCAGCUGUAGCACUGGUUAUAGCCCCCACUGUCUUACUGACAAUGCUCUCUUCUGCCGAACGAGGAUGCCCCAAGGGCUGUCGGUGUGAAGGCAAAAUGGUAUAUUGUGAAUCUCAGAAAUUACAGGAGAUACCCUCAAGUAUAUCUGCUGGUUGCUUAGGUUUGUCCCUUCGCUAUAACAGCCUUCAAAAACUCAAGUAUAAUCAAUUCAAAGGGCUCAACCAGCUCACCUGGCUGUACCUUGACCAUAACCAUAUCAGCAAUAUUGACGAGAAUGCUUUUAAUGGAAUCCGCAGACUCAAAGAGUUGAUCCUGAGUUCCAACAGGAUCUCCUAUUUUCUCAACAAUACCUUCAGACCGGUGACAAAUUUACGGAACUUGGACCUGUCCUAUAAUCAGCUGCAUUCCCUGGGAUCUGAACAGUUUCGGGGCUUAAGAAAGCUGCUGAGUUUACAUUUACGGUCUAACUCCCUGCGAACCAUUCCAGUGCGAAUAUUCCAAGACUGCCGCAACCUGGAACUUUUGGACCUGGGCUAUAACCGGAUCCGAAGUUUAGCCAGGAAUGUCUUUGCUGGCAUGAUCAGACUCAAAGAACUUCACCUGGAGCACAAUCAAUUUUCGAAGCUCAAUCUGGCCCUUUUUCCUAGGUUGGUGAGCCUUCAGAACCUUUACUUGCAGUGGAAUAAAAUCAGUGUCAUAGGACAGACCAUGUCCUGGACCUGGAGCUCAUUACAAAGGCUUGAUUUAUCAGGCAAUGAGAUCGAAGCUUUUAGUGGACCUAGUGUUUUCCAGUGUGUCCCGAAUCUGCAGCGCCUCAACCUGGAUUCCAACAAGCUCACAUUUAUUGGUCAAGAGAUUCUGGAUUCUUGGAUAUCUCUCAAUGACAUCAGUCUCGCUGGGAAUAUAUGGGAAUGCAGCAGGAAUAUCUGUUCCCUGGUCAACUGGCUGAAAAGUUUUAAAGGACUGAGGGAGAAUACAAUCAUCUGUGCCAGUCCCAAAGAGCUGCAAGGAGUCAAUGUGAUCGAUGCAGUAAAGAACUACAGCAUCUGUGGCAAAAGUACCACGGAGAGGUUUGACCUGGCCAGGGCCCUCCCCAAGCCCACAUUUAAGCCCAAGCUCCCCAGGCCGAAGCAUGAAAGCAAGCCCCCUCUGCCCCCCACAGUGGGAGCCACAGAGCCUGGGCCAGAGACAGAUGCUGACGCUGAGCACAUCUCUUUCCAUAAAAUCAUCGCAGGGAGUGUGGCCCUUUUCCUGUCUGUGCUCGUCAUCCUGCUCGUUAUCUACGUGUCCUGGAAGCGGUACCCUGCCAGCAUGAAGCAGCUGCAGCAGCGCUCCCUCAUGCGAAGGCACAGGAAAAAGAAAAGGCAGUCCCUAAAGCAAAUGACUCCCAGCACCCAGGAAUUUUAUGUAGAUUAUAAACCCACCAACACGGAGACCAGCGAGAUGCUGCUGAAUGGGACGGGACCCUGCACCUAUAACAAAUCAGGCUCCAGGGAGUGUGAGAUACCUUUAUCAAUGAAUGUGUCAACUUUUCUGGCAUACGACCAGCCCACAAUAAGUUACUGUGGGGUGCAUCAUGAACUUCUCUCUCAUAAGUCCUUUGAAACGAAUGCACAGGAAGAUACGAUGGAAACACACCUAGAGACUGAGCUGGACCUGAGCACAAUCACAACAGCUGGCCGAAUCAGUGACCAUAAACAGCAGCUGGCUUAAUUGAGCUAAUUGGUAACCAAGGGUUGCCACCAAACUUUGUAACCUCAAGGACAAAAUGAGGAAGAUUUGUUCAUUGUGGACUCUAAAAACAAAACAAAUCCCCUGUUAAAAUAAACAAAAAUCCAAGAUUGAUUCAUGAAAUAAAGAAGACAUGAAUUGUUUCAAGUCUACACUUUGUAAUUAGCUAAGUUGUGCAGUAUUUUUUUGACCUAAACAGAGAAUGACACUGAAAAAAAAUCUUUUUUUUCUCAAAACUCAUCCUACCUACCUGUAAAAACUGUACAGAGCUAAUGUAUUUUUCAUAUUGUAAAGUUUCAAUUAUAGAAACAACUGGUAUGUACAGUACCAUAAUUUAAUUACAUUUUACUUUACAAACUUUACACAUUUCAGUUUCUAAAAUUUUAAAUUAACAAUAAUUAUUUCUUGUGUUAUUCAGAGUUACUCAGUUUUGUAGGGACUGUUUUGUUACUGCUUUUGUGCCCAGAAACCUUGAUUCUAAAAUUCUGUGCUGUGAGAAACAUGCACGAUUUUUAUCAUGCUUACUGCGUAGAAUUUUAUCUACUUGUUCCAGAAAUAAUACAUUAACCAAAAAGGGUUUAAUUGUUGAGACUUAUAAGAAGUUCUUCAAUUACAUAGACAGGUUUUUCUUAUAAAUGAAAAAAAAUCAAAGUUUUUUUUUUAACACUUCUCAGACUUAACUGUUGCCUUGAAUUACAGCCUAGUUUCUAAGCAGUGAAAUGUAAUGAUAAAGAGGGAUAUUUUAACAACAUAUUUUCGAAUGAAUGACUCAUUAUUUCAUUCUUUUGAGUAACCCAUUGUUAAGGGUGGGGGGAAGCAUGGACAAAACAUCACUGGAAACAAAGGCCGUAACCACAGCAACAGACUUUGAUACACUUAAAAGGUGCAGCUGCCAGUGACAAAGAAAAACUUGUUACAUUAUUUCGGGCCAAGGUGGGAGGAUAAAGCAUAAUAAUUGUACAGCAGCAAUUUUUCUCUUAAUUAACUCAAAGUGGUUUACCUGAGAAUAACCAUCAGUCAGUGCAAAAUGCGCCUGGUUUUUAAGACGAUUUCUCAUAUAGAAGAGUGAGGCUAUAUUUUAGGACCAUCUCAGAGGGAAUAUAAAAUUGUCACUUUGUGUGCUAUGUCAGUUUUCUCCUGGGAGAGAACUCUAAACAUCUAUAGCUCAUUCAAAAUAGAUAGGAGCCAUAUGGAGAAAUUCAUCACUCGACUAAACUGUAAACAUCCCUAAUAUGUUCUGGAUUGUUUAUAUUGCUAUUCAUAAUGAGAUUCACCUCCAAAUUAUCUGAAAAAUAACCCAGAGUAAUUUGAAACCCACUCCGGAUCAUACAUUGAUUAUCCAAUCGUAUUAUGAAGUUAAUUCCAUCACAUUUUGAAAACCUGACUUUUCAUAAGCUGAAAUAAUCAACUUGUUUCUGUUGUUUGCUUGACACAAGUGAUUGUUUGAAAAUACUGUUAUUUUAUCUAUGGUAUUUACACAUUUUUUUCGUUUUUUUUUUAAUAUGAAACUACAAGUUUCAAUUGCUAUUUUACUAGGAGAAGCGCUUUUAAUGUUGUAUUUAAAAUUCAUGACAUCGAAAAUAGGUUGAGAGUAUGUCAGUCUAACAGGGGUCAAACACAGUUAAAAACAAUUAAGAAAAGAAUUUGUGAAAACCAAUAUCAAACUUUUAAUUUUUUAUUUCUUCCAAAGAAAUUCAAAAGUGUAGUUUUAUGCAGAUUUAUCAUGGCAAAUUUAAGAGCAGCUUCAAGAAGAAUGAACUUAAAAGUUUAGAGCACAUUUUUGUUGGACAUAUACAGUCAGAAGGAAAAAAGAACCCGAAAUGUUGGAAGAGCAAACCCUCUGACUAAUUUAAAUGAAACUAAAUGUCACAGUACAUGCAUCAACUAUUUAGCAUCCCAGAUUUUGUAACAUAUUUUGCAUAAAUUAUUUGCUAUUCAAAAAAUUUUGUCACUUUAAGGUUAAUUUUAAUCUCUUCAAUUUUCUAAUUUCCUUGAAAUGUAUUAAUGUCAGAAUAUUCUUAAUCCUCUUGCUUUGCAGCUAGCAAAUACAUAAAGGGUUAAUUAUAAAUCUAUUAUGUGUGGAUCUGAAAUCGGAUGCAAAAUUUAUUAUGUACACCAAAAUGUGAUUUGCAAUUUUUUCUCAUUAGUUGUCCUUGCAAAAAUUCAAACAUCUUUUAAUUUGUGUAAAUAAUCACUUUAUACCUCUUUCCAGACACUUUCAAGUUGACAAAUGACUAAGAAAUUUUUAAGUUUCCAAGGAUCCUCACAAAGGUAUGCCCCUGAUUUCCUGAAGCAAGCCACUUUCUUUCUUAAAUAUUUUAAGUUCAUCUGAAGUGACCAACUAGAAAUAGAAGCAGUCACCUUGGAACCACAGCUCUGGGUAUCAAAGGACUUACUACAGUAAGAACCAAAUAAACUAAGAAUUUUGAUACUUCUCAUAUUUGAAAUUAAACCCAAAGAAUCUUUAACAAGGGGAAAAAAAAGAUGAUGGGUUACUCGUUUGCUUAUUUUUCAUUCUGCCAUGUCCAGGGGUGUGGGAGGUUGGGGGUAGUGGUAAAAACCUAGUAGAGGAGAUUGUGUCUGAAAUCUUUACCAUACUUCUGCAAUUUAUAUAUUUCUGUCUAAAAUCCUUAUUUCUAACCUAUCUUUUUCAGCAUUCAGUAAUCUCCCAUUUUCUCGUUCUCACCACCCCAUGUCUCCCUUCCUAUUACUUGCCUAUUUAAACAACUGAAAGUUUUAUGUGUUUGGAGUUGGAAAAAUGCAGAAUUUAGCCCAACAUUGUUACAAUAACAGCAGUAGCUGUAGCAAACACUAAAUUUAUGAAGUAUUUUGAGAUUUAUGAACCACAUUCCACAUAAAUUAUUCCAUUUUGUCUUCAGAACCCAUCUAUGAAGACACAUUAAUCUCAAAGUAGUUGAGACUCACCCAAGAAUAUGGGGCUAAUAACUGGUGGAGUUGAACUGCUGUCAAAAUUCAGACCAUAUUAGUCGUUUUACUAUACUAAAAGCCUUCUCUUUCUGAUCAUGGCCAGAGAAUUUCCAGAUAGUAAACAGAAUAAAACAAUGUUUGAUAUGCUGUUUAUUAAUCCCUAAUUUAACUCAGUUCCUGUAUAAUAUAUGGGCCAAGCGGACUUUUUCUGUGUGCUACUCUGGGCUCUCACAUUAAAACUGUUUAUUCAAAAAGUAUAGCAAGUCAUAAAUUUCUUAACAUAUAUCAUUUGUAGAUGUGUAGAAUGGUUGCUCCUAAGAAGUGAAUGUAUAUAGGUCCCAGGGUACAGACAUAAAAUUGAAAAGCACAAGAAAAAAAAAGACCAUCAAAUUUGAGAUUGUGUAUAUAGGUAUAAAACAGACCCAUAGUACAAGCUAGAACAUAUGUUUAACACAUGUUCAACACAUGUUCAACUGAACAUGUGUUCAAUUCAGAGCUAAUUGGGAAAACCUUUAUAAUUUUCUUUUCUUCCUUUGUUUCAGCAAUUGAACCGUGAAUUCUUAUACCUAUCUUAAUAGACAAUCAUUUCCUCUAUUCUCUUUCAAAUGAAAUGGAAUUCAUCCCAUAGAUGCUAAAAUUUACACUAAUAAACAAAUAAUAUUUAAAUGAUCAGCUCAUUUUUAUCAAGUCUCUAUCCCUACUGCCAAAACUAUAAAAUCAUACAGAUUUUAAUAUAAAUUAUAUUUUUAGAAGGAAAGAAAAUUUGCCCAUAUUUAACAUUUGAGACAAAAAGCAUAAUCCUGACUUGAAAUCAGAUCAGGAUGUCUCCAGGAACCAUUUAGAAGUAGCAAAAUCUUUUUUACAAAAAUAUUUUCUAAAAUAAAACCACUGUAUGUGACAUAUAUGUAUAGUUUUUGUCUGCUCCUGACUGGAAGACAUAAAUCUUCUCUCAAACUAAACAUUAAAAAUAAUAAGGAAACUGAAAGCAUGAAAGUAGGCACCUGAUGUGAAUGAUUUGUAAGAUAGAAGAAAGAAAAUCAGAUGUAAAUUUUCUGCUGGGAUAUGGCUGCACAUGAAGAGAAAAGUAACAGAACCAGCAGAUAUUGGCCUCAGGAAAGAAGUGAGAAAUCUCUAAUGUGGAUACAAUAACAUCUUACUUUGGCAGAGCUCUUAACAGUUUAUCUCUUAGAUAAUAAUGUAACAACCUGGUAACACAUAAAAAGUCCCAAGGUCCAGAUAGGUUGGUUAUAGAGUAAGAAAUCCAGAUGAGUGGGCCUUGCAUUGAAUAAUAGCCUUCAACUACUUCUAUUACCUUCACAAUUCACAACAGCUGUCCCUGACUAGAGGCGUAGCAAAGGCAAGGGGUGCAGGGUCAAGGCUUCCAAAAUUCUGACAUACCCACAAGCGUAGAGUGGAUUAACAACCAGCAAUUGUGCUUCAUUUUACUACCAACUAUUAUGAGGAAGAAACGUUUGAAAUUAAAAAACAAUAACAACAAAGCAGUAAUGGGUUAAUUGUAAACGUCUCUCAUGGCUUGCAUUAUGACUUCAUUAUGAGAUAGGAGGUGGCUUACACUUAACAUUUUUAAGUUAGGGCAAAAUUCAUGUUGAAAAAAGCCCAUAGUUGAUUAUUUACCUUUCUAUUAAGGACAGUGACCGUAAAGCAACAGAGUGAGCACCUUAGCCAUCUAGCACCUAGAGAAUUCUUGGGUUUCUUCCUCCUCUAUCCCAACAUUUGUAGAUUUUAUUUUAUAUGAUAUGGGUCUUCCCAAAAAACAAAGUGGAAUUUUAUUUUGUAUAAAUCAAAUAACAUUUCAAACACAUCAAGGAACUGUGUGAUAAAGGAUUCUUGAAGUAAAUUUUGUUUUCUAAUCUGCAAUAUCGCCCAACUAAUUUAUCUUUUGUAAAUUGAUUUCCAUAUAUCUUAUGUUGUAUAAUGCAGCACACUUGUACUGCAUGGCCUUGAAGGUUCUAUGAUGCAGUCUUUGCCUCAGACUAUAUAAAAUAAAGGACUGACUCUAGAUUUUGAGCAGGUCUAUAGACACAAAAGAGUGAUCAUUUUCAGUUGGUUUCAUUUAUUGAAUUUAUUUAUCUGGACUAAUAUGAAAAAUAGCAUUAAAAUAAUAUGGAUGGAUAAAAUUCACAGUUACUUCUUUCAAUAUAUUGGUUUAAACUUUUGCUACCUAUCGAAGCUUAAAUGUUUUUUAAGAGUUCAAAAUAAGCUCAAAUUCCUUGGGUCCAUACUACAUUUACUAAAUCAGAAUCCCUGGAGCUCAUCUCUGAUGCAUGCUGUUUUGCAAAAUAUUAUUUAGAUGAAUUUUCUUUUACUGAGCCAUUCGACUGCUUUUGAUUCUAGUCUAAAAUUACUCUCGUGCUUUCCUAUGCCAAUGUGGAUCUAGUUUGCUAAGCCUGGCUGAACAUUUUUCUUGAUUAGAUGAAUGCACAACAAAGAACAGCUAUACAUAAAAUAGGUUGUUUACUGAAAAACUUUGUCAUUUAUAGAUUUUGCUCCCCACUAGCUCUUUCAAUGGGAAUAUCUGAAAACUACCUUAAAUUAGGGGUUAUUCACAAAACUAACUUACUAUUUGUUUUCAUGAUUAAUAAUACAACAGUUAGAAAGUUGAAAUUGGGGAGAAGGGAAAGAAUUAAUGCAUGAUGUAAUAGGCUAUCCUCAUUACAUUCUCAAACCAUCUUAGGAAAUAAAGCCACCACUUUUUUUAAAAAGAAGGAAAAAUAAGGAUCAUGGUAGCUGAAUAUUUUGCCAAGGCUUAUACAGUAGAGUUGGGAUUCAAAUCCAAUCAUCUGACUCAAAGGAUUUGUUCUUACCACCCAAGAGCACAUUUUCAAAUUUUAUAAAAGACCAUAGACAAUAUAAUUAGGAUAAUAUAUUUUAAUAAGGGUGUGGAGACAGGAGAAAAAGAAUACACUUUACUGUUCCUAAAGAGAAAAAUUGCAUAAGCUAUUUCAAAUUGUGUAGAGAUUUCCUUCAAUAUCCCAAGUCUGCAACUUAAUGGAAAGAAAUAUCUACUUUUUUGCUUGAAUUUUAUACAUUGUUUUCUAAAAAGCAUGAACAUUUAAAAGAAAAACCCCUCAAAAAUAAGGAUUUUUUAAAAUAAUAAACUCCCAAAUAUUCAUGUUGUAUUUUCACUACUAAUUUUCCAAACUAUCCUAUAAAUUAAUAAAAGAAAUAUGAGUAGAUAUCCACAAUAUGGCUUCAAAUGGCCAAAGAAGGAGGGAAGGUUGUCAACUGAAGCAAAAACUACGUAGCUGAGCAGUCAAUAAAGUAAUCAGUGCAAAUGACAACAUGAAAAAAAAAAAAAGACUAAUCAUCUACAGGUAAAAAAUUAUAACUGCAAUGAUAUGGCUUGGGUUGCAGAAUAAUUCCUGGUGUACAGAAUGAUUUUAUGUAGGGAUAUUUUUGUAGAAGUGAUAUUACUUACACAAAUGAUAGGGGAUCUGAGAACACAUCACAUUAAAAAGGCAGGAAUAUAACCUUUAUAACAAAGUUAUAUAUAAAUUCUGUUUGUUCUGUUUCUAAGAAUACAUAGUUUAAAUUAAAAAUAAAUAAAAUUUUCCUUGUUCACAAA